CUUUGGGUCUGUCUGUCAGCUGUCCAUGGAAGAUACAACUUCGAUCCUUCCUCGACUGAAGAGACAUUCUAAUGCCUACGGAAUUGGUGCUCUCGCCAAAUCCUCUGUCAAAGGUGUCUCUCGUUCGAUGAAGGAUAAAGUUACAAAGCCAACAGCGUUAGGGUCGGGGCGUGUUGCUCACAUGAUAGAGUGGCAAAGCUGGGGACAACCACCACCACCAUCUAAUGAGAGCACCAGGAUGGACAGUGAUGCAUAUUCUGACCUGAGUGAUGGAGAGAAGGAGGCGAGGUUUCUUGCCGGUGUGAUGCAACAGUUUGCUAUCUCAGAGGCAACGCUCAUGGCUUGGUCAUCGAUGGAUGGUGAGGAAGAGAGUGUUAACUCCAACCAGGAGAGACAAAGUGAAACGUACCAGGAACUACUAGAAAACCAAGAUAACCUUGCCCAGACGCACUCUGAUUGCUGGCCCCACUCGUAUGUUUCACAGGGACUCUACUGUCUUGGCUCCUCUGAAGCUUGGGCCAGUAGUGAGCAGUCUCUAACAGCGUCUCCAGCUCCCAUGGGUGUUGUUACUUCUAAUCCUGCACCUGAACUUGAGGAGAAACAACUUGAUAAUAUAUGUGAAAUAGUCCCUCAGUUGUUACAAUCUAAAAUAUCUCCUUCAGAAGAGGAUGAUGCUGUUUGUCAUGAUCUACAGAGUCUUUCUCCUCCACGAGAGGAAUAUGAAAGUCCCCCUCAUAGUCGCAAGGUGUCAGAUGUUGCCACUUCUGGUGUGCAGUCUGGCGAAGAGGAAGAAGAGAGGGAAUUAGAAAAUGGAAUCUUUGAGAAGUAAGAGAGAAUGUGUCAGGCAACAAACGGAGAUGAAAGAACUUAGAGAGUGCAAGAGACAGCCGAGAGAAUGUAUGUCUGUCUGCAGGCCUGAAACUCUGGGUGUCAUUUAUCAAGGUAUUUUUUGCACAGCAAAAUGGCCAGUAAGGUAUAAAAAAGCAAUUUUUCCAUUUUUGCCUUAAUGUUCUGUCCCAUUAUAUAAUGUCUGUGACUUCAGCUUAUUCCUAAGUGCAUCAGUGCCAGAGACGUGUAACAGGACGUGCUGAUGGGAUGUAUCAUCUCAUUGUCACACUGCUUUGUUGUCUAAAUAUCCCUUGCUUAGAGUAUCCGACACAAUCACAAGUGGGGCAAGGCUCAGUAUGAUACAGCAAACACCAAUCACAUCCCCUUCUUCAGAAGCCCCACUUUUAUCUGGAUGUCUUUGUGACUCAGGAAUUAGCGAUGAGGAGAAUUAUCAAACAAUGAUUGUAGAGUCAGUUGCUCUUCUUCUUUUGUUAAAGGGACAUUGUACAGUAAAAAAAAUGAUUGUGCAAGUGUAGACAUUAACACAGAUUAACUAUUUUUAUAGUUUAUUAAAAUAUUAUAAAGGCGAUUUAAAAAGAAAGUAAAAUCAGGAAAUGCAACACGCAUACCCAAGUAUUUAUAGUUCAUUGGCUGAGUGGGACGGCCCAUAUAGUUGUAAAGGGGCUUUGGAGUCAUAGUUAUAUAUGCAUAAGAAAUUAGUCAACGCAUUGCAAAAUUAUCUGUAUACAACAUAACAUCUUAAAAACAUUUUAAAAUGUUGUUUUCGUAAGAAAAAAUUUCAUCAUUUAGCAGUCUAGGGACACACCCCUUGAAAAGCUCCUAAGUGCUGUUUAUUUUACAUUUCUGUGGUCAAUAAAGAAUAGAUAUACUCGAGGUUCUGCAGAUAUCAGCCAAUCGUUCUGCAACACCUGGGAAGAUCAGGAUUCUGAAUGCCAGAGAAUGCACUUCAGUCUGUCUGGGGCAGUAGAAAAACUAUUGUUUUUACAUUUAAAUAACAAGAAAAUCAGGAAAAUAAAUGACAAUACAAACUUUUUUACUAUGCAGAAUUCAAAUUAUGGGGAAUUCCCUUUUUCAGUUUAUUGAAAGCUUGAGACAAUGGCCUCUAUUUAUCAAGCUGUCUACUUUCGAGCAUUUGCCGGCCCCAAUACGCUCGCCUAAC